UCCAAUCUUCUUUACCUUCUCUUCACUAUACAAAAUGAAUGCUUUACUUCAUCAUUGUCUUCCCUUAAAUAACAUCAACAACACACCAAUCACUCUACCUCCAUGGCCUUCUUCUCCAUUCUCCUUGGUUUUGUUGUCUCCUCCUUCAUCUUCAUCAUCUUCUUCAAGAAACUACUCUCCUUCACCAGAAAGAACAUGUCUGAAGUUUCUACUCUCCCCUCUGUUCCAGUGGUGCCAGGAUUUCCGGUUAUUGGGAACUUGCUGGAACUAAAAGAGAAGAAACCUCACAAGACUUUCACUAGAUGGUCAGAGGUUUAUGGUCCUAUCUACUCUAUAAAGAUGGGUUCUUCCUCUCUUAUAGUUCUCAAUUCAACUGAGACUGCCAAAGAGGCCAUGGUUACUCGGUUUUCAUCCAUUUCAACAAGGAAGUUGUCAAAAGCGUUGACGGUCCUCACUUGUGACAAGUCUAUGGUUGCUACAAGUGAUUAUGAUGAUUUCCACAAAUUGGUGAAACGGUGUAUCUUGAAUGGCCUUUUGGGUGCUAAUGCACAGAAACGAAAAAGACACUACAGAGAUACCCUCAUUGAGAAUGUGUCUUCCAAGUUGCAUGCCCACACGAGGGACUAUCCACAAGAACCUGUAAACUUCAGGGCUAUAUUUGAGCAUGAGCUCUUCGGAGUUGCCUUGAAGCAAGCCUUUGGGAAAGAUGUAGAGUCAAUUUACGUUAAAGAACUCGGUGUGACUUUGUCUAGAGACGAGAUCUUCAAGAUUUUAGUGCAUGACAUGAUGGAGGGUGCAAUUGAUGUUGAUUGGAGAGACUUCUUCCCAUACUUAAAAUGGAUUCCGAAUAAAAGUUUCGAAACAAGAAUCCAGCAAAUGCAUAAACGUAGACUCGCUGUGAUGAAUGCUCUUAUUCAAGAUCGACUGAAGCAGAAUGAUUCAGAAACGAAACAGGAUGAUGAUUGCUAUCUCAACUAUUUGAUGUCGGAAGCCAAAACACUAACCAUGGAGCAAAUUGCAAUCUUGGUUUGGGAGACGAUCAUCGAGACAGCUGACACUACUUUAGUCACAACCGAAUGGGCGAUCUAUGAGCUAGCAAAGCAUCCAAGAGUCCAAGAUCAUUUGUGUAAAGAAAUCCAAAAUGUCUGCAGAGGAGAAACUAUCAAAGAAGAGCAAUUGCCUCAAGUUCCUUAUCUCAAUGGAGUCUUCCAUGAAACACUUAGGAAAUACAGUCCAGCUCCUCUAGUUCCCAUUCGCUAUGCCCACGAGGAUACUCAAAUCGGAGGCUAUCAUGUCCCUGCAGGAAGUGAGAUAGCAAUAAACAUAUAUGGAUGCAACAUGGACAAGAAGCGUUGGGAUAGACCAGAGGAGUGGUUGCCAGAGAGGUUUCUAGAUGAUGGCAAAUACGAAUCAUCGGAUCUUCACAGGACAAUGGCAUUCGGAGCGGGAAAGAGGGUUUGUGCUGGUGCACUUCAAGCAUCUCUCAUGGCAGGCAUUGCCAUUGGGAGAUUAGUUCAAGAAUUUGAAUGGAAGCUUAGAGACGGCGAAGAAGAGAAUGUGGAUACCUAUGGCUUGACAUCUCAGAAGCUCUAUCCUCUCAUGGCAAUUAUCAAUCCAAGACGUUCUUAAGAAACGAUGCUCUUCCUUGUUUUAUUAGGUUUACUUUUGUCUGUCGAAUGAUCCGUCUAAAUAUCGUUCUACCUUUUUGGGCUGGACUUUUUUUUUUGGUCACUGGUUUGAGUUCGGAUGUUAAUGGUAUUAGACUAUUAGUACAAACUAUUAAGACGUUGUAUAAUGUUA